AUGACAAAAAAUUGGACUUUUGCUCUUUUAAAACCAGAUGCUGUAGCUAAUCCAAUAUCUCUUGGUUGGCUUUUGGAUGCUUUAAAUAAAAAUGGUUUAAUUAUUGAAAUGGGUUGUCGACUAAAUUUGUCGAAAGAUCAAGUUUCUGAUCUGUAUGAGUUUCACAAGAAUUCGUUUUAUUUCAAUCGAUCACUCAAUCAUUUACGUUCUGGACCUGUAAUAGCUAUGAAAUUAAUUUUAAAUGAAGAACAACACCAACAAAACUCAAAAGAUGAAGCUUUAAAACGUUGGAGAAAAUUACUUGGACCUGCAAAAUUUGGAAAAAUGUAUUUGGCACAAGUUGGGGAUUUUGAUGAAAUUGAUAGCAGAAAGGGAAAUUUUAGACAAUUAUUUGGACUUUCUGACAGCAGGAAUUUUGGACAUGGAACAGGUUCAUUAGAAGAAUUAGAAAAAGAAUAUUCAAUAUUUGAAAAAUAUAUGAAAAAAAUAGAGGAUCCAUAUUCUGAAUUAUUCCAAUUGGAUAAAUAUAUUUAUUUGAUAGAAAAUGAAGAAAAAGAAGAUGAAGAAGAAAUUGGAGGAGAAGAAGAAGAGGGAACUAAAAAUAAUUUUUUAAAUAAAUUUAAAAAUUUUUUUAAAUAA